AUGGAAUUAUCAGUGAAUUGUGACUUUAAAACGAAUCUUUGUAACUGGACUGCCCGAAGAAAAACAGACAUUCACAUCAGAAAAUGGAUUCAGCUCUGUGGAUUUCAGGGAAGAAUAAAGAACUGUAUCAACACAAACAAAAUUUACCCCGCUAAUCCUUGGAAAGUAGGAACCAUCACAAACAACAGCCUUUAUGACUUACCACCAGACUACAAUUCCUCCAAAAUAAACAGUAGCAAUGUGUUAAUUCCCGAACACAAAACAAAUGCCAGUUUUCCCCAAGAACAGAAUAAAUCUUCAGACGGUGAAAUUGAUGUGAAAUGUUGUGGGAAUAUUUCUGAUGAACACAUUUGUGGCCUUGUCUCAGCUAUGCUAAGUGGUAAAUGUUUACAGCAGAGUCAAAAGAAAAGAUUGAAAAGUUCUCAACUUUCUAAUUCAAACUCGUCACUAGCUGAACUUUGCUCGCGCUACAACAAUUCUGUACAGAUGGUUUGCAUUGGUUGUUUUCUGGAAACCGCUGGUAAUAACAUAAUUUGUUGGUUACCCUAUUCUUUUAAUUCAAACGAAACGUCUUUGGCCAACUCGUCAUUAUGCCUUCAAAAUCUGACGGAUCCUAAUGACUGCGACAGUUCACAUAGCAGUUACUCAAAGAUGGUUAAUAUAUGCUCAGAACUUGCAAACAACAAACGCGUUUCAGUUCUGUGUACACAAAGUCCACUGUCCCCUAACGUCAGUGAAAUUUUAUCGGGUUUGUACAUAAAUGAGUACAACUUAACAUGCCCUCAAUAUGAAACAACAGGACUUAUCAUCUAUGAAAACUGUGUGCAGCCUUUUAAUACGUCAUCAUGGAAUCCCAACAUAUGCUGUACACUGAAAGAGGGAACAUCACAGACUGAGUUACCCAUUCUAGAUAGUGAGACAAGUCGUAAUGAAUGCUAUGAUAGAAACGUUACCUCGGAAUGUGUAAUAGGUUGUAACAAAACUUCAUUCAAUGGAAUCACAUGUGUAGAAUCUUCUGGUCGAGAUCUUUCCUCAGACUGCAGUGAACUAAAUAAAGAAAGAUCUUCAGCCAGAAGGGUAGAAAACUACGAUCCAAAUGGAGACGAUCACCUAAGAAUACUAGAUUUAUCAUAUAAUAAUAUAACAGCCAUCAACACUGGAGACCUUCUGUCUUCCUAUUUGAUAUUUCUGAAUCUGUCCAGAAAUCAUAUCCAAACUAUACAGGCAGGAGCUUUUCGCCGAACUAUCCACAUCGCCACCCUAGAUCUGUCGUUUAACAAGAUCUCUCAAAUCUUUGAGGGAACUUUUUUGCCUCUAAAGGACCUUGAAGAGUUAUUUUUGCAUGGCAAUUCCUUCCAGGUUUUCGAUGGAAUGUUUACUGGGCUUUUCAAUUUAAGAAUCUUGAGAGUUAGUUUUUAUACAAUUUGUUGUGCAAUACCAAACAGCAGGUAUGCUGUGGAAUGCAUCGCACCCUUGAAUGAAAUUUCGUCAUGCGAACAUUUGAUCGCUGUACCAGUCCUUAAUGUUGCUGUAUGGUACAUUGCAUUGGUGGCUGCGUUUGGAAAUCUAAAUGUCCUGCUGUACAAUAUUGGUCAUUUCAGAAGCAAUAAAGCCGGAGCAUACUAUCUUCUGACGAUGAGUUUAAGUUGUGCCGACUUCUUGAUGGGAGUGUACUUAUAUAUAAUUGCUAUCACAAACCUGCAUUAUUCUGGACAAUAUGGUCUGAAUGAUUAUGAUUGGAGGCACAGCGCUACCUGUACCUUUUCCGGAAUAAUUGCCACUCUUUCAAGCGAAGUAUCUGCCUUUAUUGUUUUGCUGAUCACUCUUGACAGAUUUCUUGCAAUCAAAUUUCCUUUCUCGGAUUUCAAAUUUACCAUAAAGAGAGCGGCUUUUGUAAUGGUGACUGUGUGGUCUUUUUCCCUGAUCAUGGCUCUGAUUCCUCUUCUUCCAGUCACAGAUCUGGAUAAUUUCUACGCACAGUCUGGUAUCUGUGUUUCUCUUCCCCUCUCUGUAAUCAGAAAAUCUGGAUGGGAAUACUCAAUGAUUGUGUUUGUUGGCAUCAACUUUAUACUUUUUCUGGGUAUUCUUGUUGGGCAGAUUUUAAUAUUUGUGGAAGUGGCCAGUGUGGGAAAGUCAGUGAAGUCGACCAAAACAAGCCAGAGGGAAGCUUCGUUGGCGAUGACACUGUUUGCGAUUGUUCUGACUGACGUGUUCUGUUGGAUACCUAUUGGAGCCAUAGAUCCCCUUGUGAUCCCAAACUUCACAGGAGCUACACUCAGCUCUACCCUCCCGGGGGGAUAUGAAGCAUUUAGAGCUGUAGACGGUCGAGCUGAUUUGUUACAGGCGACACCUGGUGGAUCCUGUUCUCACUCUGCCACUGAACAAAGAUCAGCUUGGCUCAGGAUUGACCUGCGCAGAGUUUACAGUUUGUACCAAGUCCAGACCUGGUACCGAAACGACAGAGGAUCACCUCAGACAAAUACUGAACGAUUUCAAGGAUAUAGCAUAAGAGUAUCCAACGACACGUCCCUAAUACCUCAACAAGUCUGUUUCCAACAUGUCCCCAGUGCAAUACCAAUCCCGAUCCCGACGUCUAAUAAUUGUACGCAAGUCGCCAGGUAUGUCUGGUUCUAUAAAGAUAACCCUCCAGUUCCAUCGGACAGGGGCAACAUCUUUCUGGAGAUUUGUGAAGUUCAGAUUAUUGGUUGUGAACUCAACCAAUACGGUGAAAAUUGCACGGAAUGUGGUAUCGGAUGUAGAACUUGUGACAUCACUUCCGGAUGCGUAAACUGUCUGCCGGGUCACUUGUACCCAGACUGUGAAUGCCCAUUUGGGAAGUACGGACGAGGCUGUACACAGAACUGUAGUGGAAACUGCGCCAAUAACGAGAACUGUGAUAUAAAGACAGGGGAAUGUAGAAACGGAUGUCUGCCGGGGUAUCUGUGGAACGCCUGUAAUCAAAGUUGUAUGCCAGGGUUCUAUGGAAAUAUGUGUACAGAAAAUUGUAGCGGGAAUUGCCUUAAUGACGACCCCUGUAACCAUAGAGACGGCAGCUGUGACCGAGGCUGCGCUCUUGGGUGGAGAGGAUUUCAAUGUAAUCAAACUAACCCCCCUGUUACUUCCCCUUCCGGUCCUGGACCUUCCGGAAGUACAAUAGCUGGGAUUACAACAGGGAUACUAUUUGCUAUCAUUAUCGUUGGUGUUGCUGUAGUCCUUGUUCACAGGUUUCAGAAAAAGCAAACACCAGAAUACAAAGAUUUCGUGUAUAAUCAAAGUAUAAAACGAAGUAUAAAACGAAGCAUUAAACUUAACAGAGGUGUUACUAACAGUUCUAUAAAACUGGUGGAUGAUUUGUCUGAUGAACAGGAAGAUCGUCAUAGCCAAAUCAGUAAUGCAUCAUCCAUGUAUUAUAAUACGUCACGUGACUCGUUUUUUCUCGCCUCCAAAAAUAUAAGAGUCAGCAGUAUUUCUACUGUGAUAAAAGCCAAAUCGAAAGACAGUUUCAGAAUAUUCCUAAAAGAAUUCAAGGAUAUACCAUAUGGAGAACAAAGUAGUAUAGCCUGCACAGUCGCCAAGGAACCCCAGAACAAAUCAAGAAACAGGUUCAAAACAACAUUUCCAUAUGACCAUUCCCGAGUGAUUCUGCAGUCAAAUGAGAACGACUAUAUCAACGCUAACUUUAUAAGGGACCUAGAAGGGGAUAGAAAAUAUAUAGCCUCCCAAGGCCCCAAACCAAAUACAUUGUCGGAUCAUUGGUUGAUGAUCUGGCAGGAGAACGUUAACGUCAUCAUCAUGCUUACAAAUUUAGUGGAGGGAAGCAAGAAGAAAUGUGGACAAUACUGGCCAGACUCAGAAGAAGAGGAGAUGACGUACGGAGACAUAUCUGUACGCUUAUUGAAAGAGAAGCAUUAUGCAUAUUACGUCAUCCGACACCUUCAAGCACGACGAAAUUCAGAAUCUACAACCAAGGACGUGAUCCAAAUGCACUACACUCACUGGCCAGAUCAUGGUGUCCCUGAUCCUGUAGAUCUGAUGAUCUUUCAUAAACACGUGGUGCGGAUCCAGGAAAAAAGCAAGAAUAGUGUUCUAUUGGUACAUUGCAGCGCCGGUAUAGGUCGCACAGGGACAUUUUUAGCAUUAGAUGAAUUGUAUCGCUACGGCUGCAUACAUGGAACCUUUAACGCUGUUGAUUACGUUAAAACAAUGAGGGAAGAUCGCAUGAAUAUGAUACAAAAUGUGGACCAGUAUGUCUGUCUUCAUUUUGCAUUGAAUGAGUCCUUUAAAGGAAAACAACGGGUGAAGGACAAAGCUUCUUUUAUCAAGAAACAAAGAGAAAAUCCGAGUGGUUCUGAACUGACAUCAGAAUUCGAAGAGCUAAUUUCCAUCAAAAAACAAUAUAUAGACGCAGAUAAAGAGGCGGGAAUAUCGCACCAAGAACUAAACUACACAAAGGAUGUUUUACCAGUCGACAGGUUCAAGGUGGCCCUGUCUUCGUAUGUUGAAGGACGAACUUAUUACUACAAUGCAGUCUUCGUUUCGUCUUUCUGUGAGAACAACGCCCUGAUAGCUGCCCAGUAUCCAGUGGAGGGACAGGCUGUAGAUUUCCUGAGACUCCUAGUGGAUCACGAAUCGAACACUCUUGUAUCUAUCAAUCCUCUUAAGGAUAUACCAUCGGCAAGGGAAUGGCUUCCAAGGGAGAACCCAAUCGCUAUUGAAUCAUACAGUAUUUCCAAGCUGUCUUCUUCGAACAUAACGCCUUCUGUCCGAAAAACUGAUAUAAUAAUAAAGAAUGAUGAGUCUGAGACACAGGAAGUUAGUAUUUACGAACUAACAACAUGGAAGAUGAAUGACGUCAUCCCACGUGAUCUUCAAAUGGUUGCAGAUGUCAUUGAUCAUGUGAUGAAAAGAAAUAAAUCAUCAGAGACUGUGAAUCCAGUAACCAUUGUCUCAAAAGAUGGCGCCACAGGUUGUGGUAUGGUCUGUGCAGUGUAUAAUACCCUCCAACAACUACAGCAGGAUGAUGAAGUAGACAUGUUUAGUAUAGUCCGGCAGUUACAGAUUCGUAGACCGGAAAUGAUCUCAUCGAAGGAAGAAUACAUAGCAUGUCACAAGAUCGUGGCGUCAACUCUAGAGGACUUUCCGAAUGAACCUGACGGUGAGACAGUCUCUGAAACAGGCGAGACAUCACGAGACCUCUAUAGCAACGUAGAGAUAGUGUAUGCAAAUGGAUAGAGAAAAUUGUGCCAAUGUGUGACAUAUAGAAGCAUAUUAUAAAGAUAGAGAAAACGGAGUCAAUGUGUGACAUCUAGAAGCAUUAUAUAAUAUGUUUCUGAUUGUUUUUUUUAUAUACUAAAAUAUACUUUAUGUCAUUUCUAAGCGUUUGUAUAUUGUGUUAAA